AUGGAUAUGAUGCUACAUAUAUAAGCACAGGCACAUGUUCUGCAUCAUAUUCCAAUUGUCUCAUCUUUAACAAACCCAUGUACCUCUAAUUGCCAAAGUGGGGCCACUUCAACUUUUCCCGUCCUAUAAAAUACGGACUCCCUUCAAGCUUCCCCUGGUCUUCUCUCCAUAUCAACUUCCUCUACCUGACCUCUUAAAAACCCUUUCAAAAAUUAGUACCAGCAACCAAAAAAAGUUCAAAGCCAUGCAACCCAGUGAGGUUACAGAACUUCAUUAUCUAGUUCCUUCCAACCCAACUCCAUACGCUGUUCACUAUAGUUUGACCCAAAACAACACACCCGCAUUUCAGUUAGGCAGAGUCUCUAAUCCUUUAUAUCAUCCUCAGAUGAGUCCUCAGGUUCAAGAAUUCAACCCACAGUUUACAUAUUUAAGCAGCAACACAACUUCUGACGAAGCAGAUGAGCAACAACAAAGUAUCAUCAAUGAGAGAAAGCAGAGAAGAAUGAUAUCCAAUAGAGAGUCUGCACGCCGAUCACGCAUGCGCAAGCAGAAGCACCUGAACGAGCUUUGGUCACAGGUUGUUUGGCUGCGAAACGAGAAUCAUCAGCUCAUGGAUAAACUGAACAAUGUUUCAGAGAGCCAUGACCGAGUAGUUCAAGAGAAUGCUCAGCUCAAAGAAGAAGCCUCAGAACUUCGUGAAAUGCUCUCUGACAUGCAGCUCAAUAGUCCUUACCCUACCCUAAGGGGCAUGGAUGACAUGCCAUGUGACACGGCUUACCUCGGGACUGAAUUCUCAAUUUAGUCCAUCACAAGUUUCAGGGAUUUACUUCAUCCAGAUGGUUCUAGAUUUCCCUUUAUCUCUUUCCGAUAUUUGUUGGUAUAAAAGUAAAUCAGCAUUUAUCUUCACUUAAGCUGUACGAGAUCAGAGAGAGUAAUUAAUGCAAUAGCAUCUAUUGUGCAUAUCAUUCUUCACUUAUGAUGUCACAUGUUUAAAUAUAGAAGUUACAGGUGUCUGGAGGUUCUAUAAAUAAAAAUCUUCAUCAACUAGGUCUCACCUCUAUAACUGCAAAAACAUUUAAAUAUUCAAACAGUAAAAUAAAAGAGGAU